UCGUUGUGGCCUAAAGGAUAAGACGUCCGGUGCAUUCGUAUGUAGCGAUGCACCGGUGUUCGAAUCCCGCAGGCGAGUAUAAAUUUUUCUAAUGAAAUACGUACUCAACAAAUGUUCACGAUUGAUUUCCACGGUGAAGGAAUAACAUCGUGUAAUAAAAAUCAAACCCGCAAAAUUAUCGUAAUCACUGGUGGUAGGACCUCUUGGAAGUCCGCACGGGUAGGUACCACCGCCCCGCCUAUUUCUGCCGUGAAGCAGUAAUGCGUUUCGGUUCGAAGGGUGGGGUAGCCGUUGUAACUAUACUGAGACCUUAGAACUUGUAUCUCGAGGUGGGUGGCGCAUUUACGUUGUAGAUGUCCAUGGGCUCCAGUAACCACUUAACACCAGGUGGGCUGUGAGCUCGUCCAUCCAUCUAAGCAAUAUAAAAAAAAAAAAAUUAUACAUGAUAGAAGCCACGAGCAUCAAUCAUCAAGACAAACUGACGUUGCAAUUGAAUCGGUUAAAAUUGCAUUAUUUAAGUUAUUGGUUAAUUAUUUUGUUAUUCAUUUUAUAUUCUAAAUAAAAAUCCGUCUUUCGAUCAUGUGAUGAAACACAUGUAAUGUUUUGAUAACCAGUAACCGGUUAUAACGGGAAAGCACCGAUAGAUUCGCUUGUCCACACUAACUACUACUGAUACCCAGCGAACAAGCUAUUAUGGAUCAACUUUUAAAAAAAUAAGUAUUUUCAUAUAACCUUUAUGCUGUUACAAGUUUAUAAUAUUUUUUAUUAUUUUUACAUUUAUUUGAAAUAAAUGUUAGUCAGCAUUUUUUUGUUAAAUGACAUAUCGUAUUCAACAUGAAUAUUUACUUCUUUUUACAAUUAUGAGGUAUAAAUAACCAGCAAUUUUUUCAAAGUUCUAUUUCCAACGUGAAAUUUAAUUAAUGGAAUUUAAAGAAACUUUUUCUGAACAUGAGGAUAGGGUACCUAACGAAUGCCUCAAAACUAAAUAAUAUAUUCCUUUUACAUUAAAAAACACUUCAUUGUACUUAAAGUUUUAUUAAGUAGAAUAAAUAUAUGUACCUUAUAGUAAAUAUAAACUAACCAACUAUAGUCUGUUUCAUAACUUAGCUUUAUUUAUUUAUUUUUGCACAAAAAAGUAUACACAUUUUUUAUAAUUUUAUUUUGUAGGUAUCUCAAAACAAUCGGUCUUUUAAUUUGAUUAUUUUCAUAUUCCGAAUUUAUGGAAAGUUUGUAUUUGAAAUCGUUGCAUAUAGUUUUGCGUUUCUAAUUAGACGUGCUUGCGUGCGUGUCCCAUGAAAAGUCCUGAUUUAGAACAAAGCUGAAAGUAUCUGAUGAACUCACGUCAUUGCGUCAUCAUUAAAUCAAUCAUAAAACCAGAAACGUGUCAUAUUUUAUUGAGUCCUUCAUAAAGUGAACAUAGAUAGUAGGUACGAGACAACAACAGUCAACACUAUGAUAAGAGAACCGGCUGAAACCGACGCACGCGCCGCCAGCCGGCCGCAGGGGGCCGACGACGCUCCGUCACAAACACAGACGUGUGUGUACACGCACUACAACACUCCCAGCUGAUAACACAAUUACCCACACUGGUUCGACGAACAAAGUAAUCCAAUGACGCAUAAUUCUGCAGUAUAUUUACUCUUGUUUUUAAAUAGGUGAUGUUAUACGCUUUGUCAUGUAGAUUGAACGAUUAAUGAAAUAUGAAGCAUCCAGUCAUUUUGAUCCGUAGUUGAGCUGGCUCAAUAAAAAAACUGCACCCAUUUGUAUAUAGUAUAUAAAAUUAACAAAUUACGUAUAUUAUAUCAUAUCACAUUAACAUUUAACGAAGAAAUAAGAUUUUACAACAACGUAAUUACCGUAAAAUGUUAAAUCCGCACACAUUCGGAUGUUGAUAAAAUUUAACUUCUAAUUCCUAUUAACACAUCUUAAAGGGAAAUUUCACAAGACGUGAGUGAUAUUUGAUUUUUCCGCAGUUAUUCAGUUUCCUUCACUCGCAAGAUAAGCAACGUAAAACACAAAGUUUUCACGCCAAAGUUGUAACAUCUAGUGAGCCCGGAAAUCGGUAGACGAUUCCACGUGAUUAGAUAAGAAUAGCACGACAUAUCCAAAGUACAAUUCACGCAUCGUCUGCAGGUAAUUUUUUCCUAAGUCCUAACACAUAUCUGAUAGUUAUCAUUUAGUCAGAUCUGUCUAAGCUCGCCGACGUCUCAACAAGAAUGAUUACAUCAUAACUUUAACGUUGUACUUCUCCAUCCAAUAACGCUAACCAAAUUUAAAGGGGAUUAUAUGGUAUCAAUUCUCGAUAAUCGGUCCGAAUGUUGUUCGUAAGAUAGACGUGUCUGACCUCGAUCUACUUACUACUCAUUUUUCAUGUCCCGUCAGUGGUAAUAGUAUCUUUAUUUUUUUACCUAACUUCCUCAUCUUCUCCCUAAUUGUUAUAUUUGCACUCGCAGAAAUUAUUACCACCGCCUUAUUUGUACCUUGAGUUUUUCGUUUUGGCCCGAGAGCAACACAUCACCCUCAUUCUCAAGACAGGCGGCGGCCCAUCAUGGUGUCCAUAUUUUGCUAUCUUAAUGAGAGGCUUUUUAUUCUCAAUAACAUCCAAGAGUUUACGAUCUACUCUGCACUAUCCAACAAAGAUAAAUCUUUCUUCGAUGGCGUUGGCAGGGACAGGUAACCACAGCAGCACUUAGUAUUAAGAAGGGGCAGAGCAACGGUGGGGCCUAAUUAUAAGCGUAGGCAAGCAUGUAACUAUGACCAAUUUUAAAUCUCACUUAACAGGAAGGAUAGCUUAACAAGUCUUGAUUGGGCAUUUAGUAGAUACAGCUUUAAUGUUGAAUAGGUACCUAAAAAUUGUCAGAGACGAAGCAACGUCGGACAUUACGGUAGCAUUACGGAAGAGUCUAAUUCAUCACCUAUGUUAAGCAAAAUAAAGUUUCGUCUUAAAGCAAAACAGGAUCUGUAGAUAUUCCUAUAGCCGGCCUGAUAUACCCCGUAAACGGUUACAAGGGACAUCGAAGAAAACAAUUGGUAUGUUGGACUAGAGAUCCCAAUCCAAUCCAUCGAAAAUUUUAUAAAGCUUUUCCCACAAAAUGAAAUCUUUUUGGUAACAGUCGAAGGGUUGAGUCGUCAAAUAGUUACAUUAUUAAUCUCACAUAAGUAGUAUUUAGUCCACGGAAACUUCAUACCAAUGAGGAAGGUUGUGUACAAGGAGCCACUCCUGAAAAUGUAGAUUGUUGUUCUCGCCUUUUGAGAGAAACUCGAAGUAAGUAGUAAGUAUCGUUUGGAACCUCUGGGUCUGCGGAGGGACUCCGGUUCCCUCUGUAUUUUGAACCGUUUGUUCCAUGGGGAGUGCUCUGAGGAAUUGUUCGAGAUGAUACCGACAUCUCGUUUUUACCAUCGCACCGCCCGCCACAGGAGUAGAGUUCAUCCAUACUACCUGGAGCCACUGCGGUCAUCCACAGUGCGUUUCCAGAGAUCUUUUUUACCACGAACCAUCCGGCUAUGGAAUGAGCUCCCUUCCACGGUGUUUCCCGAGCGCUAUGACAUGUCCUUCUUCAUACGAGGCUUGUGGAGAGUAUUAAGCGGUAGGCAGCGGCUUGCCUCUGCCCCUAGCAUCGCUGAAGUCCAUGUGCGACGGUAACCACUCACCAUCAAGUGGUCCGUAUGCUCGUCUGCCUACAAGGGCAAUAAAAGAAAAUAUAACACAACAGUUGUCUAUUCGGUAGGGCAAACGGUCCGUCAAGUAUUUCCAGAGAUCAUUUUUGCCUGUACCAUCCUUUGUAAUCCACAAACUCCUUUUCACAACAUAUCUUAACCUUGUUCUUUUUCCAACGAGGUUUGAACAAUUUUCACCUGACGGCAGCGGUUUAUACUCCUCAGCCACAAUGAAACACAUCAAAAUAAGGAUCUUAUGGUGCCUUCGAAAGCAAUAAAUAUAGUAACGUAUGCAGAUGGCUUAUUGAAACAAUGUAUUCAUUAUUCGCUAAUAUUUAGUUCUUAAAUAAUGACAUCUCAUGAAAAACGAUAUCUGAUAAUAAAAUUAUAAUAAAAUCUUGUUUCUCGUCAUUUAUUUGUUCAACACAAAUAUUUGCUGUUUCUAAAAAAAUCCUAGAUACACAUUAUUUCAUAAAUAUUACUUUCUACAAACAUUAAAUGGAAUAUUUUGUUAAUUACAACAUUCCUUUUAAAUACAGUUGUGACAUUAAAAUACCGAAAUAUGUAUUUUUCAUUACUAAAACAGAUGAAAUGGAUCUACUCAAGUAACAAGAUGUUUAAAUAGUGCACUUUGUACAAGAAUACAUAUUUUUAAUCGUAAGAAAUACGAUGUUCGUAAAUAAGAACCAGUAAGGGGUCGACUCGCUCCGACAUCGCGAUAUCAGUCACCUAUUGAACUGUGGUCUAUCAUCAGACCGGUAUAAACUGGACAUCGGCCGCAGCAGGCGGCUACCGAUAACGCUACUAACAUUACACCACACGACUACUCUGAAUUCGCUUAUCCAACAGACCGUUUGUUUUUAUUGAAAACUUUGAAACGUUGGUAAAUAACUAAACGUAAAUUGAAAUGUAACCAGCAACUUUGUAAAUUUGGUAGGAAAUGUUAUGAAAAGGCAGACAGUGUGUUCGCGGGGGACUCGUCCUCUUAUCAGCGCGUUGUCACUUCGAGACGUUUUAUAAGUACGCGGCGCACGCUCUCGCCAUCAUUGUCCGCGGCGACCGCGCCGUGACCACAACCAGUAUUUGUUUUGUGACAGUUCAUCAGUAUAAUUGCGAACAUGUUGGUGUUUCCUCAAUGGAGAUCAGACAUACGCGGCGACGGAUGCAGGAUCCCACGAUGGAUGCCCGCCGAGCGUUUCGCGCCAUACUUCGCGAGGCCCGUGCCUUUAGCGCCUAUGCCUCCACAAGUAGAAGAUGAGGAUUCGUCGGGUGGGUCAUCCCCCGAGCGGUCGUACGAGACCAACGGAGAGACCGCCGAAAAGGCGGAAGGUGUUUGCGGUUGGCACGGGUGUGGUGCGAGGUGCUUGAGUGUCGCGAGACUCUCCGCACACAUCGCACGCACGCACGCAAUCGCACACACAGACGGACUCUUCUACUGCGGCUGGAGAGGAUGCAGCAGACCUCAGAGAGGUUUCAAUGCAAGAUACAAAAUGCUAGUCCACGUGCGAACACAUACAAACGAGCGUCCGCACACAUGCAACCAGUGCAAUAAAAGCUUUUCCAGAGCUGAAAACUUGAAAAUUCAUCUCCGUUCACAUUCCGGAGAAAAGCCCUACGUGUGUCCAUAUGAGGGUUGCGGUAAAGCCUAUUCUAAUUCGAGCGACCGUUUCAAGCACACGCGGACACAUGCGGUGGAGAAGCCUUAUUGCUGCAAAGUACCUGGAUGCAACAAACGUUACACAGAUCCGUCCAGUUUAAGGAAACACGUCAAAACGUACAAGCACUACACAGCCGAACAGAUUGCCAAACAAGAAUCGGACUCACGUAGUCCCAUCACUUCGCCCAAAGAGAGCGUGAUGAGCGAGCCGAUGUCGCCAGUAACGUGCAUCAACUGCACACCUAGCAUGUCACCGACGGUACCUUACAAGCCACUAGUGGCGGACUCACUAAUCCCUCAACAAAUUUCAUAUCCAGUCGAUCAAUUUACGUACCUCCGCCCUAUCGAGCAGAUCUAUCCUGUACGAGUCCCAUCAAACGAGAUGUCCUACAUCGAGUACACGCAAAUGUACGAGCACGCGUAUAGAACUUACUACUCGAACGUAAACUUUCCUGUGUUGAGGCGGAGCAUUAACGAGAAAGUAUUUACGUACGAGGAGCAGCCUCGUCUAGACGUCUCCAUGACCAAUAUCGAGGAAAACCCUAAAAGAUAUAGAUCUAUUGAUGAAAUGCCUUUGAAUCUUAUCUGCGCUAAACCUAUUGAACGCGCGCCGAUCGAAGAAGUAGUCAGACGGCCAGACUUACCUUUAGAUUUAAGCACCAAAAGCUAAUAUUUAUUGAAUAAUAUAAUAAAAACAUUUAACACCGCU